AACACCAAGAUAUAAGUAUGGAAUACAUCUUUUUUGUCCCUGCAGUAUUGAAACAUGCCAUGCUGGUCUAAUUUUCUAAUAAACAUCGCUAUAUGUGGUUAAUGAGAGCAGAGUGCGUUCAAGUUAAUGUACAAUGAAUCUACGGUCAAAAAUCAUGACAAAGUAUUAACGCUUGGUGGAUAUCAGUCAUGUAAUAGGUUCGAAUUUCCGCCACCAGAACAGAAAAAUUUAACUAUGUUUUUUUUCAUAAUAAUACUCUCAUUUGCCUCCAGCACAAUUCAAAUUAAUGAAAGGAACAAAAGAAAUGCUGUUUUUGAUCGAAAGAGAAUAUGGCAACGUAAAGUAAUCCCUUAUGAAAUUCACCCAAAUGUAUGGAAUGAAACCGCAAUAAAGAAAUCUAUAGUACACUUCAAUACGUUAACAUGCGUACAGUGGGUGGAAAGAAUCAAGUUGGACAUCAAUCUACCAUAUGUUAUAUUUAAACCUGACAGCGUUUGUAGGUCUGAGAUUGGCCAGACUAAUUCAGCCAUCCACGGACAAGAGGUUUUUAUUGGACCAUAUUGUAGUACUAUGCCAAUCAUAUUGCACGAAAUGUACCACGUGAUGGGAUUUUAUCAUGAGAUGAAGCGUUAUGAUCGCGACAAAUAUGUCGAGAUAAAUUGGGAUAACAUAACACCUGGUUAUGAAAAGUUCUUUGACAAACUUUCAGCGGAAGAGACAGAUUUUCUAGAUGAACAUUAUGACGUCAAAAGUGUUAUGCAUUACGACUCAUUUUCCUAUUCUAAACAGCCUAAACUGAUGACAAUUUCUCUCGUGAACAGCACUGAUGUUCUUGCAGAAGUAAAUAUGCCGAAUAAAAGAGAUGUGGAAAAAGUUAGAAGACUGUAUGACUGUAGAGUUGAUGCUACCGAAGGUUGGUCCAGAUGGUCUGCCUACGCCUCAUGUAAUGAUCAGUGCUACAAAAGGAGAACGCGUUUUUGUUAUUCUAUAGGAAGUCAAAACGCCUGCAAUGAACUCGACAGAAAUAUUGAGACGGAACUCAAACGCUGCAGCGACACAGAGUGCAGUCGUGAUGGUUGGUGGUCCAGAUGGUCGCCAUGGAACGAAUGCAAUGUUUAUUGCGGCAAUGGAAAACAGACAAGGUACCGUGAUUGCACUGAUCCUCCUCCUCGUCGCCAUGGUAACAAUUGUACAGGUUUAGCUGAAGAACGCAAACAUUGCAGACGUGGGGCGUGCGUCAGAGGUAAAUUCGACUGUGAAUUUGAUAACGAUGGCGUUUGCUAUUGGAAAUUCCAAGGAGACUGGAAAAGAAGCCAAUCUGGUACAACAAUAGAAGGUCCUGUAACCGAUGUUUCCUAUAUAGUUGGUUAUUACAUGUUCCUUGGGAGUAAUCAACAUGGUUGGAUGAAGCUUCAGUUUGCAAAACGUACGUCCGGUUGUAUGAACUUUUAUUAUGAUUUUGGCACAACUUCCAAACUUGAGAUUCAUUUAUACAAAAAGAACGGUAGAAAGGUGGCUAAGAAGCUUAAAUCUAAUGGCAUACAAGGCUGGAAAAGAGUAAAUAUAUCGUUAUCAAGUGUAUUUCGGGUCGAGUUAUUUGGAUCAACUGGGAACAAAAGUUUCAUUGCUUUAGACGAUAUCAUAUUUUUAGAAAAGAGCUGCAAAGACAAUAUAGGUCAAAUGAUUUCAAUAAACGCUGAAUUAUCAACGACAGCUGUAACACACACACCGAUCAGCACUUUAUCAAGCGGCACAACAGUACGUCUCACACACGUGAGUUCCACAAAAACAUCAACAAGUACUAAAACAAAGACCGGCAAAAUCAAAACAAACACAGUUGAAUUAAUCUCCACUGAACCAAUCUCUAAACAAAGUUCUUUCCUUUCACACAGUAUAGCGAUUAAAAACGAUAUAUUAUUUAUUUUUUUGUAUAUUAUUUAUUUAUUUGUGUUUUAAGUACGACAUUUAUCAAAAUUUUGUAGUUGCUCGCCAUUUUCGGUACCGUAAAGUAAAUCAUACUAUAUUUAUAUUUAUCCAUCAUUGAUGUGUAUUUGGAGGGGCAUAAAAGGGGAUGUUCGGUUUUUUCCAGAUUUUUUUCGAUAAAGUAGUUCCUACGUUCCUACACAUCAUUAACCAGACGUCGUAUUAUCGUGUGUGUAUAGGCUAACAUGGGUGCCAACAAUGCACUCUCUCACUAUCUUCAAUACCUUCUAUUUUUUCCUAUUUUAGUCACGUAACCAACCUCGA